AUGACUCGCAACCAUCAAGUACAGACCACCAUGCUGCCAGUGUAUUUCAAGAAUGUCUGCUUAUCUUUCAUUCCGGUGAUGGAUCUAUUUAUCCAAAAGCUGAUUGAACUUCCCUCGGUGUGCCUCAAGUUUCUCGAUACUAUGAUGAACACCAUUGGCCCACUGUUUCGUUUCCAUCCGCAUCCGGUCACCAUGCUAUACACGACUUUUCGUUUCUAUGAAAAGAAAUUGAUCGAUUCGUCUCAAGUGAAACUAAAACUUGUCUAUACCAUCCACAAUGCGUUCGUUGGAGUUCGUGGUGAGAGCUGGUUGCUAUCAUCUGAUUUCUUGCAGUACAUCACGCAGGUAAAUGAUUCGUACGACUCGCGCAUUGUCUGGCUGCCGGACAUGGACUACUUCGCGCAGUUGGUCAAGCGUCUCAUCGACUGUUUCGCCACGCCGUUUCAGCUGCAUGCGUCGUUGCGCAAAAAAUGGUGGCGCUUCAGUGAGUUCCCGACCCUGCAGAACCAUAUCUUGCAUGCCAUCUGCAUCGAGCUUAUGUGUCUGCCAUGCUCUCCGCCGGACAUAGGCAAUUCCUUGUUGAAUAUAAUACUGAAAUGGCAUCCGUUGAUCAAUCGAAACGAUAUCUAUCAUUGGCUAAAUUGCCUCGGUCUGAUUUUUUCUGCUUUGCCAGUAAGAAAUUUUUUUUCAUACAUUCAUCAAUUUGCACAUUUUUUAAGCUCCAAUAUUCUGAAAGUCUCUACAAGACGAUAUCAUCAACAAUUUGUUCGGAAGACUUAGCG